AUGAAGAAUGUGAAAGAUAGUUUCCCCCAGGCUCUUUAUAAUCUGCUUCAGGAAGCUCCUGUAGCCAGAGCUGAAGAAACGUGUCCCACCGGAGUCGUAUCUCUUCAGAGCAGAUACACUAUUUUUGAACAAUCCCAUCCUUCCCUGGACUCUCUCAUCCCUUCAGGUGCGGCUGUAGCGGCUGUCCCUGCACUCCUGGAAACUGUGGGCUUCACCAAGCUUGGCAUUGCUGCUGGCUCCCUGGCAGCAAAGAUGAUGUCGUCAGCAGCUAUAGCCAAUGGUGGAGGGAUUACUUCAGGUAGCCUGGUGGCUGUGCUACAGUCUGUGGGUGCAGCUGGACUCUCCAGUGGGGUGAAUCUUAUCCUGGCAGGAGCUGGUUCAGCGAUCGGUGCCAUUCCUGGGUUGGUUCUCAGGGGAAUGAGAUUUUGAAAUGGUUAAAUAACAAAGAUACCCAAAUAAAAUGUAUCUUUGCCCUCUGGGGAUGAAAAUUUA